CCGACGGAUGGUCACUCACUUUUUCAUUUCGUAAAAAUCAGCAAUCGAAGUGCUUAAUUAUUUGCAUUAUUUUUAAACAAAACGCCCGCAGAGCUUUCCGAAAGCUGUCACCGCAAAGUCCGCGAAGCGCCAUCGCUGGCCAUAUCGAACUACCAAUAUCUAAGGGGUUCCCACGACACAAUAAUACAGCAUCGAAAGUCGGGGGAGCGAAGCGUAUUUCACAAGAGCUGCUAACCGAGGGCGGAGUGGAGUGUCUGCCAGUUGAGGAGAAGUGACUUCAUUGCAAUUAAACAUGAAAUUUGGUGCAACGACGACCGGAGUACGACAUUUUUGUAUUAUCGCCAAGCAGCAAAAUCAGAAUCAGCAGACUAUAUUUAAGAUACGCGCGCAGCAAUCGCGACUCGAGUUGAACAAUUGCAGACGGCAAAGACAGUCGUGUAGAAUUGCCAAAAAUUGGAAACACCAAAGCUUUUGCAUAGGUGCGUCCUGAUCGGAAACGUUUCAAACUAAAAAAAAAUAAAAGCAAGGCCCAGCUCCAGACAAACUUAAGAACCCAAUUUUCUAACCUAAAGAAAUCAAUAAAUCGGAGCAAACACGUGCGUUUUUGUUGCCGCCAAAGUGACGGGAGUGUAGACAUUUUCGUGUAGACUUUGUCGCCUGUUCUCCAUCUUUGGGUGAAAAAACAAGAAACCCAAAAGGACACUCGGCUACAGGGCAUCUGUUCGUUUUUUUUGUUUGUUCUUUGUGUUUGAAGCAGCAGGCCAAACAAUAGAAACCAAAACGUCGUCGUCGAGUUCAAACAAAAUACGUAAAAACAACAGCAACAUGCCGCGACGCAACAAGAAAUCCGCAGCAGGCAAAGGCCGCACCAAUGACUCUAAUUCUGAGGACGAGUCCUUUGACAACGUGAGCGUUUACUCACAUGUCUCCGAAGUUGCCUCUUCGGAGGCCAACGACGAGCUGGCCAAUGAGCGAUUCGAGGAGAAGUUCGAGAAGGCCCUGGAGCAGGCCACCGAGAAGUCGGCCCAGACCCGUGUGCAGGCCCUCCAAUCGAUUUGCGAACUGCUCAUGCACCGCUACAUGCCGGACUUUGUCGACGACCGCAAGAUGACCCUGAUGGACUUCGUGGAGAAGAGCAUCCGCCGCGGCAAGGGCCAGGAGCAGGUGUGGGGCGCUCGACUCGCCCCCCUUCUGGUGCUUCAAAUGGGCGGCGACGAGGGCAUCUCCAAGGCGAUGAACCAGUUCCUGUUGAACACCGUCCAGGACAAGUCCGUGGGCUUCGAUGCCCGGGCCAAGUGCUGCACGGCCCUUGGGCUGCUGAGCUUCCUCGGCUGCGAGGACGUCGGAGAGUUGGUGCAACUGAUGCAGUGCUUCGAAGCCAUCUUCGCCGGCAGCUAUUUGCGCGGCGAUGACAAGACACCGAUAUCGGUCACCGCUGAAGCCGGAAAUCUUCAUGCGGAGGCACUGAACGCCUGGGGACUGCUGCUCACGUUGAUUCCAUCGGGAGAUUUUGUGUCCCUAAUGACCACAGGACAGAACAUGAUUCCAUCGAUCAAGAAGUUCUUGGGCCUUUUGCAAUCCCCACAUUUGGAUGUUCGCAUGGCCGCUGGCGAGACCAUUGCUUUAAUACUGGAGUCUGGACGUGCCCACGAUGAGGACUUCCUCGAGGACGACAUUGCCGAGUUGUCCGAGGCUGUGAAGCAGCUGGCCACAGACUCGCACAAGUACCGCGCCAAGAGGGAUCGCAAAGCCCAGAGGGCCACCUUCCGCGAUGUGCUGCGUUACCUAGAGGAGGACAUUUCCCCGGAAAUCAGCAUUCGCUUCGGUAACGAGUCCCUGACUUUGGAUGCCUGGUCCAUUCACCAUCAGUAUUCGGCCCUGUGCACGGUCAUGGGUCCCGGGAUGACCUCGCAGCUGGCGGAGAACGAGUUCAUUCGCGACAUUUUCCAGCUGGGUCCGCGUCCCACCAACACCGGCAUCAAUGGCAACGCCAAAGUCAAGCAGUCCAAGUUGGAGCGGCACCUUGUGAAUGCCGCUGCGUUCAAGGCGCGCUCCAUAACACGGGGAAAGAAUCGCGACAAGCGAUCGGCCGUCGUCACAUAAACCGAUACUCCACAUCAACUGUGCCCAUUCACCGACCCCAAAAUCCUUCUCAAAACCCGAUAGCCAACUCUGGACUAACUAGUUGAAUUGUUUCUGAUUUUAGCUUAAGCCAGGCAAAGCGUCGCCAAAGCUGAAAAACUAAGUCUAAAUUUAGGAUAAUUCAUCAGGAUAAUCUAACAAAAUUUUCUUAGUUUUUAGCCACGUCAUGGAGCCAUUGUUUAAAUAUUAUUAAAUAUUUAUCGCUUGCACAGGAGUUGUGUUUUCACUGACUGUACUGCAGGCUCCGUCUAGGAUUUUAUACUUUGUGAAUUUAGAUUUGCACCGCAAUUGUUACGACUAGCUUGUACACUUUUCGAUUCGGCAAAACUCUUAUGUUGUUGAUCUUUUUCAAAUUGCAAAAAUACAAAAACAUAUUUCUGCUAAUACGUUGCUAAAAUAGUAUAAUGCAAAGUACAUUAGCUUGACAUGGCUUUUAUUGUGCAUAUUAAGUAAGCUAUAUGAUACAUAUAUUUUGUAGUAAAUACGUGUAAAAUAAACUGGGUUUAAACAAAAACUAA